AUGAACUGUCAGAAUUGGGCAAUUGGUAGUGCCUUGCUUCUAGCAUUAGUUCAACUCGCAUACUCAUCAGUUGGCACCCCACGUAUAACCCGGGUAGGUAGGUACCUGUACGAUGCGAAUGGAAAUCGUUUUUAUAUCAAAGGAGUGGCCUUCGAGGCUCCAAAGCUCCCAAAUGUAAACCGUGGCGGGCUCAACCGAGCCGACUUGAUUGAUCCUUUGGCCGACAUCAACGCCUGUAAUCAUGCCAUAAAAAAUUUCAAAAGAUUGAAGAUUAACACAAUAAGGGUUUAUUCUUACUAUCCCGAGAUAGAUCAUUCCGCUUGCAUGAAUGCUUUGGAAAAAUCUGGAAUAUAUGUUAUUGCGGACAUCAACCCUCCUUUGAGUGGUUCCAUCAACAAAGCUUCGCAUACUUGGGAUGUUGACAUUCUGACACAAUAUAUACAUCGCAUUGAUUCCCUUCGAAGUUUUCCUAAUCUUUUGGCCUUCAACAUCGGGAAUGAGGUUAUCACAAACAGUGAACAUUUAGAGGCGGGGCCUUACAUCAAAGCACGUGCUAGAGAUGUGAAGUUGUACCUAAAAUCCGUCAACUCGACAGCAUUAGUAUCUUACGCCUCAGCAGAUGGAAAAAAGCUCUCAGCAGAACUUGCCAGAUUUCUUUCGUGUAAUUCUGGAGGUCCAUCAGCGGAACUCGAUUUAUUUGGCGUGAAUAAUUAUAGAUGGUGUGGUGAUAGUAAUUUCGAAUCGACACAUGAAGAGCUUACCCUUGAGUUUCAAGGGUUGACAAUUGCUGCAUUCUUGUCGGAGUUCGGAUGCCUCAACCCAGGAAAACCACGAGGUUGGGUUGAAGUUACCGCUCUCUUUUCAACAUUAAUGUCCGACUUGUGGUCAGGCGGGGUUGCGUAUAACUAUUACCCCACAGCACAUGGAUAUGGUCUUGUGGAUAAUGUCGAGGGAAAAUGGAUAAGGAAUAAAGAUUUCGAGAACCUGUCCCAGCGGUACCACUUAGUCAAACCUCCAAAUAUGCCCAAAUUGAGCUCCUUAGUGGUCCCAAAACAAAAAUGUGCCUCGACAAAUGUCAACAGUUUCGCAAUCACUAGUGUCCUCCCCCCUCAACCAAACGUAGAAGCAUGUAAUUGUUUAGAUCACGCGGCAUUUUCCUGUCAGGUCAGGAAGGAUGCUUCUCCUAUGGUGAUGUCUGAACUUUUGGAUUCCACUUGCAAGGCUAUAGGGAAUUCGAUCCCUCCUGGAUCCGGGGAAGGCUGCGGCUUGAUUUCAUCAUCACCAAACAAAGGGGUUUACGGAAUUUUGUCAGCUUGUUCGUCCGCUACCAGGCUCAAUUAUGCGAUGACUCGUUACUUCAUCAAUGCUGGAUUGGAUAAAAAAGCAUGUGAUUUUUCGGGGAACGCUACUGUUCAGAACCCAAUCAAACUAAAAUCAGCUGGAGAAGUGGAUCGAGAAGUCGGGCGAUGUUUCGAGAUCAAUGCAAAUAAUAGUAUCCUCCCCAACAAGAAGACAACUGGAGCAUCGAAAAACACCCCUGCCCAGAUAAACUCGAAUGCUUACAAAAACUCCAUUUCCGGAGUAAGAGGCCAAUCAGGAACUCAAUCUUCGGCAAGCUCAUGGAGACCAAGUGAGUCAGAUGCUUUCGGAGUUGGGAAAGCUGCCAAUUGCUGA